UCAGAAAUGAUCGGGCGGUUUCAAUACUCAAGAUCCGUAGUACGAUUCCUAAUUGGAUUGACACCACUUUAUUUCUAGAGUAAUCAUGUAAAUGCAUUUCGAAAUGGAGAGCCAUGCAUCUAGACAGAAUUGUCAAUAGGAAAUGUUGAUGCAAGGUAAAAUCCUUUCGAAGAUGACAGAAAGAAAGACAAUGUAACUUUACGUCGUACAGUGAACUUCUACGGGUACAUUAAACACUGGGCUUCUAAAUCUAAUCUACUUGUGGCAGAACAGUAAUGGAUCAGUUUCGAGCAAGGCUUCUUUCAGUCUCAAUUGGAAUAACCAGUGAAGAACUGGGCCAGUUAAAGUUUGUUAGCAAACAGCAUAUUCCUGCCGGUGUUUUGGAGAAGAUUGCUCGCCCGCUUGAAUUGUUCGAUGAGCUAGAAAACAGGAACCUACUGAGUGAAAGAAAUACUAUGUUUUUGGCUGAACUGUUAUCUGAGAUUAAUCGCUUGGACCUCAAAGAUGAAUUACUUGGUGUUAAAGCAAGGAACAGAUCAGGUGAUGCAGUUUUAAAGCACAUGCAAGAAUCCUUGUGGGAUCAUUAUCAGAAAAACAUUGGUUGGAUUCAGCCAAUCUCUUGGAAUGACUCAUUCUGGAUUCACAUAGAACACAUUUACACCAAUUUGGAAAUCAUAUCAUUGGUGUCACAGGGUAGAAAUUGUAUUCAAAAGCCCUUAAAUUCUUACCCCAUGAUGUUUCAUAGUCGUCCUGGAUGUUCUAAACCAAGACGAAUACUGGUGGAAGGCGAAGCAGGUGUAGGAAAGAGCACAUUUCUGUGUAAGAUUGCUCAUGAUUGGUCAAGGGGUAAUGGCAAGUUACUGCCAUUUACAGUUGUAAUUCUCAUAGAGUUGAAGCAAAUAAAGGGAAGUUUCAAGGAUGCUAUCAUCCAGCAGUUGUUUCCUGCUGACUUUCCCAUUCCACUGGCUCAGCUGCUUAGUUACCUUGCCUCACACCAGGAAAAUGUCCUUUUUCUUCUUGAUGGUUUUGAUGAAGCAAACUUGUCAUGUCUGACUCACCUCCGAGACAUUCUGAGUGGAAGAAUUUUUCGAAAUUCCUGUGUUGUUCUCACAUCAAGGCCAGGUAAAACCACACACAUCCAACGAAUGAUGGACACAUGACUGGUUAUUACAGGAUUCACCACUGAAAACAUCAGAAGCUAUGUGCUAAAAUAUUUUCAAGAUGAUCCAAGUACUGCUGAGUUGUUGUUGUCUGAACUGGAAACACACCCAGUCAUUGAGGACAUUGCAAAGGUUCCCUUGACAGCCAUGUUGAUUUGUGCUUUGUGGGAGGAUGCCCCAGACACUGCCUUUGAAGCUCUGUCUACAGUUACAACUCUUUUCACAGAGCUGAUUUUACUUAUGGUAAAGCGAAACUUAGCUAAGAAUGCUGCAGAUGGUGAGGCUACAGAUGAGGUGUUCACUGUCUUAGAAGAUAUCCCCAAGGAUCUUUAUAAUGACUUGCUCAUUGUUGGAGAGAUUGCCUUCAAUGGUUUACUUGAAGACAACCUCCUGUUUGAUGUGCAAGCAUUAGAGAAGAAGUUAUCUAGCAAAACUGUCUUUGAAUUUGGUUUGUUGUCACAGGAGACAAGCACUUCCAGAUUGAAGCCAGUACGGAAGUGUUGCUUUGUUCACAAGUCUUUUCAGGAGUAUGUGGCAGCAUUGUGGCUGAGUCAUGAAAUUAAUUGUGCUGCAAAUGAUUCAUCAAAAUUGAAAAAUGUCCUUUCUCUAACCUUGAAAUGUGUUUCAAAAGCUUCUGACUCUAUGCUGCUAAAUUUUGUGGCUGGGCUUGUUGGAGACAACUUUGAAUCUGUGUUUGUACCAUUGCUUGAAAAUCUCAAAGAGGCCAUCAACACUUUUGACUCUGGUGAAGCAAAUGACUUCCUUGUAAUGUUUGUUCUUGCUCUUUUUGAGUCCCACCAAGGCCACCUUGCCAGUAAAUUGGGGGCAACUCUUCUUGAUGGAAUCUUGAAGUUCUCUGGUCAUGAUAUCAGUCCUUAUGGUGUGAGAGCUAUGACAUAUUUUAUGCAAAACAAUCCUGACCUCAAAUCAUUUGUUCUAGAACACAGUCAGCUAGAAAAGCAGACUGCUGCCUUUUUUGCAAAUUCUCUUUCACAAAUGCCUUCUCUCAGGGAAUUGUGCUUCAAUCAGAACAUAGUGGGGGAUGGUGUGGUAGAAGCCUUCAGCAGGAAUUUGUCCUUCAACCUUCCUUUGGAGAGGUUCGUGUUUAGUGGAAAUGCAUCUAGGCGAGAUAUUGGCAAUGACUUUGCAUUAAUUAUGAAGUCCUGUCCAAAGCUCUGCCAUCUUGAUCUGAGCUACAGCGGAUUUGGAGAUGAAGACAUGAAAGAUGUCAUUGAUGCCCUGAAGUUUGUCCCUAGUUUGAAAUCUCUGGAUCUGAGUGGCUGUAAGUUAACCCAGAUCAGUAUGGCAUACUUGUUAAAGAAGUUAUCUUGUACUGCUGCCCUGACCAGUUUAAGCCUUGAAAACAACAUUGACCUUGGAGCUGAGGGUGUAAGGGCACUUGCAGAGGGACUUUCUAAGGUCCCUCAUUUGGAAAAUCUUUCCCUUCAUGAUGUAAAUCGGAAAACAGAUGUUGCUAGUGAGACUUCCAGAAUCAUCUUUACAGCCCUUGGUGAAGCCUUCACAUACUGCCCUAAAUUGAAAAGGUUGGAUCUUUCUGCAAACUUGUUACAUCAGGGAAAGUUUGUUGGAGAUUGUGUUAGAAAAGCCCCAAGGCUUGUCUCUUUGGACUUAUCUGGAAAUGCUUUUCAUGAUGAAGGUGCUGAAAGUCUGGCAAGUGCUCUUCCCUGGCUACCUUGCCUUUCAGAACUGCUUCUAGACAAAAAUCAGAUCACAUGUAAUGGACUAAUAACUCUUUGUGAAAGCUUCAAUUGUACACCUUAUCUAUGCAAACUAUCAUUGAAAUCUAAUUGCAUUUCGGACAAGGGUGUUGCAGCAUUGGCAGCUGUUGCUCCCUACAUUUGCCAAAUGAAUGAACUAUGUCUGGGAUACAACAACAUCACUGAAGCAGGUUUAAAUGCACUCUGUACUUCAUUUAAAUCUUUCUCAUCAUUGCAGUGCCUUGAUUUUAAGGGCAACAUGCUCAGUGAAGAAGGAAUUUCUGAACUUGGCACAAAGUUAUGCGAAUUGCCAAAACUGAGGAAUCUGUACAUUUGGAGUCCUGUGGCACAGCUUCCUAUGGAUCAACCUACAGAAACUGCCAGGCCCUUGGAGUUCAGUCCUGCAACUAAAUUAUUUCCAGGUCACAAAGACUUGGAAAAAUGGAGACAUUCAAUUACAUUUACUGAUGACAAACACCUCAGAUAUUAUGUUGCCUUCAAGCAAGAAACAUUCCAGCUGCUUAUGGCAAGUGCACAUUCGCAUACUUCACUGGAGGGAAUUUACCUCAGUCAGACGGCCAUUCCAAGGGGAACUGAUCAACAGAUUUAUCCCCGCCUUCGUCUGGUUGGACAGUACAGGAAGGAGUUAUGAGUUAUUAUAAACACGAACGUAAAUAAUUUGUUGGAAUAGAUGGAAAUAUAUGACAAGGAGGAAAUGCGGCCAUUAUGGUUGCUAGCUUUUAGUGUAAAGCUCAUUUUAAGAGUACGAUCGUUUGAGUCUCAAGUCUCUUUUAGUAUCAAUAUAGUUAAAGGAUUAAUGAUAAGUGAUUAAUGAUUAGUGAUAACUGAUUAAUGAAAGGUGUAACUUUCACAAUUGCUUAGGAAAGAGAGAAAAUCUGGGUUUCCAGAACUUUCACCGAUAAAAUCCUUGAGCACAGUGUAUUGAUAUGAUCAGGAAAGGUACUUUGAAAACAACUAGCUUUAUUAAAGAAGCACCCUUGGAUAAUUUUACUACAGAAUUUUUUAACUUUAAAAUUAGUAAUAUUGUCUAAAGAAUGUUAAUUGUGACGUAGAAGAAAACUUUUAGUCGUAAAAUAUUGUAUUUUACAUCAGUUGAUUGACAAGCUUAAAAUGCAUUCGGAAUGAGCAAAUGUAAUUUUAGUUGCAUUGGGAUUAAAGCGGAUCUCAGCCUCAUGACCACAUGAUGUCGUUCAAACAUCCAAUCUUCAUUUUAUAGACUUUCCAAAGUCCGUUUUUCUUUUUCUAACUGUAUUUGGUAGACUUAGUAAAACACUUAACGACUGAGUCAUUUAACACAAUAAUAUGGUAGCGAAAGUAAUUCAGGCAAAUAAAGUAAAGAAUUGUUUUAACGA